GUGUGUAGUCGACCUCUACGGUAGUUAGCUUUUAAACGAUUUUGUGUAGUCUACAGUUUAGUACAAACGUUGUUAGCGCUAUGGCUACAACAACUAAGGAAUAUGAAGUGAAAAAAAAAUCUAAUUUAAAACCCGGAAAAAGUUUGUAUGAAGAUACGGAAGAAAACAUUGCGUGGUGGAAAAUAUGGAAACAUCGAAGAUACCAAAUAGCUGUCUUGGCUCUGUUUGGAUUUUUUAACAUUUAUAGUUUACGAACGAAUUUGAGUAUUGCGAUUGUUGCUAUGACAGAAAAUAGGUCUGUGCUACUUGAAAAUGGAACCACAAUUUAUGAACAAGAGUUUGCUUGGUCUUCAACGCAACAAGGAGUCAUUUUAAGUUCAUUUUUUUAUGGUUACAUAACGACACAAGUACUAGGAGGUUUUGUAUCUGAACGAUACGGUGGUCAAAAAUUUUUUGGUCUAGGCAUAUUUAUUACAGCUGCCCUUACUUUACUGACCCCAGUUGUAGCAAAAUAUAGCUAUGAAGGUUUAAUAACUUUACGAGUCAUCGAAGGAAUUUUUGAAGGUGUCACAUAUCCAUCUAUUCAUGCGGUUUGGGCGAGAUGGGCGCCUCCAUUAGAAAGAAGUCGUCUCACUACAAUAGGCUAUUCAGGCAGUUAUAUUGGAACGGUAGCAGCAAUGACCAUUGGGGGUGUAAUCGCAGAAGAAUGGGGUUGGGAAAGCAUAUUUUACUUUUUCGGAGCAAUUGGAGUGUUUUGGUUUAUCUGUUGGUGGAUUCUCGUUUAUGAGAAUCCGAACGAAGACAAAUUUAUAAGCCAAAGAGAACUGAAAUAUAUUUUAACGUCAUUAGAAAAAGAAAAUGAAAAAAAGCUAAAUGUAAAACAUCCAUGGAAGAAAAUUCUAACUUCUCUCCCUGUUUGGGCAAUCAUUUUUAGUCAUUUUUGUGAAAACUGGGGUUUUUAUACACUCCUCACACAACUCCCGAGGUUCAUGAGAGAGAUGCUGAAUUUUGAUAUAUCAUCAAGUGGAAUAUUAUCUGCGUUACCAUACGUAGCCAUGUCCAUCUGUACCGUUUUGUCUGGGUUUUUGGCUGAUCUGCUCUUAAGCAAAAAUUGGUUAACAACGACGCAAGUUAGAAAGAGUUUCAAUUGUAGCGCCUUUCUCUCCCAAACCGUUUUUAUGUUAGCAGCGGGUUUUCUUUUGGAACGGGUAGGUUCGACCAUCUGCCUCACUUUCGCUGUAGGACUUGGAGGAUUAGCCUUAUCUGGUUUUGGUGUCAAUUACCUUGAUAUUGGCCCUUCCCAUGCUAGCGUUAUUAUGGGUAUCAGCAAUACCUUUGCUACUAUUCCUGGGAUGGUUAGUCCCACGUUAACGGGUAUUCUUGUGCCAAAUAACACCGAAGCCGAAUGGAGGAACAUUUUUUACAUUUCUGCUGGGAUUUAUUUGAUAGGUUGUACUUUCUACGGUACUUGCGCUUCCGGUGAACUGCAGGAAUGGUCAUGGGAUGCGAAAAUGAAACGGGAAAAAGGAGUUGAAAAUGAAGGAUACGUACCCGACGAAAAUGACAAAUCGGUUUAAUGUUUUGGGAAGUAAUUACAUUAUCAAUAUCAUUCCAUUCCUAAAUUAUUAAAGAUAAAGAUCAACUUGAGUUUAGAGUAGUACAAUUGGCUGGAACCGAAGACGAUCAUGUGCAUUGUUAUUAUUUUAUGUUUUCUAUGUAUUCUAUUCUAUUAUUUAUAUUUCUUCUGCAAGCAUAAAAACAAUAGAAUACUACCGAAACACUUUAUAUUUUGCUCAAAUAAUUAAUAAUUGCAAAUUACAGGAAAUGAUCUUUAUAAACUGUAACAAUAACUAAAGUGUAUUUCUGACAUAUUGUUUACAGAAAAACAACAUUUUGAUAUAUACUCUUCUUUAGCUCUUUUUGUUAAUAAAGAUGUUUAGUUCUACUUUA